UGCCGUGUUCACUUGUUUUGCAGUGUUAUAACGUUAAUUGUUGAAAAAACAUGUGUUUUUAAUAAAAACCGGUAAAGCGAAUGCAUUUAAGUGAUAUUAUUCGUUCAUGUGUUAAUUAAGUAUUUGUUUUACGUCCUACGAUUACGUCAUCGCCUCGUAUAGUUGUAUAUUAGUUCAUUCGCAGUAAAAUUCGCAAAAUGCCACAACAAAAACGCGACGCCGUUCACAGGUAUUUUACAUUCGAAGCUUCAAGUAACUACAGUCAAUGCAAACUGUGCGGUAAUAAGUUGAAAGGGAAACAUACCAGCAACUUGAAAAAUCAUUUGGCAGGGAAACAUGUCAACACAUACAAAGAAGUGUCAAACCUAAACAAAGCACGUAGACCACAGAAAGACAAUACGAAUAAACCUGAUAAUGUAAGAGCUCUGUGCGUGCAAUUAGUGGCUGUAUAUGGUCGCCCUCUUGACAUGAUAGACGACGAGCCUUUUCAAAAACUAUUGCGUUUAGCAGCACCCUCUAUCUCCAAAGUUAUAAACAAAGGAACAAUUGAAAAAAUGAUACCUGAGGUUUCCUAUAAAUUAAAAUUGAAGAUUACCUCUGAAAUUAAUCAGAAACUGAUCAUUUUGAAACUAGACACGGUUAUAUGCGUAGAACGUAAGUUCCUUGGCAUUAACGUCCAAUACGUCAAGGACAACAAAAUAGUGGUGAGAAAUCUGGCGGUUUUGGAAAUACAUAGAAGUCCAACAGAAGAAUAUUUAACAGAGAGGGUCUUAGAAGUAUUGCAAGAUUUCGCAAUACCGAUAGAACAGGUUUAUGCUAUAACUACAGACAACGGCAGCAACUUGAAGAGACCGGCAAUAUUGAUGGGAGGAAAUUACUAUGCAGAAGAUUUUAUGGAUACGAAGGAAGAUAAUGAUCAAUGGGAUAUAUUUGAUGAUGAUGAUAUUGAUGAUAGCGAAGAUGAAGAACAAGACAUAGAACUUAUAGCCGAACGAUCACAAUAUUUUGAAUUUUCUCACAAUGCUAUUUUACAUAAUCUUACACCUGACAUCAAAACGGGGUUCAGAAUCCGGGGAAUGUUGUGCGCGGCACAUACCCUACAAAUUACUAUUAAAGAUGCUAUAAAUGAAAACGGCAAAGUGCAACACAUAUUAGAAAUGGCUAGAAGAGUUGUGAAAAUUCUACGCAACACAUUCAACAAAAACGUAAUAAAGCAGGCAAAUUUACGGGCACCAAUUAUCGACUGUCCUAGUAGAUGGACAUCUACUUUCACCAUGUUAGUGCGAUUAGCCUCACUCCGAACUUUAUGUGAAAAUAUUGACGAAGUGACUGAAAUUAUUUCGUCUACAUUCUGGUCUGAAAUAGAUGCCUUAAUAAAUUGCUUAGAGACUCUUUAUAAAUGCUCUUUAGUUGUUCAAAAAAAGCAACUAACUGUUGGGGAUUUCUUCAUCACGUGGUUGAAGUGCAAGACACACAUUGAAUGCAUAAAACAUCAUCUUGCAGAAAGCAUUCAUAAAGCAAUGGAGAUAAAAGAAAAGGGCCUAUUGGAAUCAGAUAUUAUUUUGGAAGCCCUUUACUUAGAUGGUCGUUUAAACGUUGUCCUAACGGACGAACAGAGUCAGAGAGCUCAAUGCCUUCUGAAGCAAACGUGGUUGCAAAUACAGAUGCUGAAUCAGUCCAGUUCAUCAGCAACAAACCUAAAAAUACCAAGUCCCACGCAACCAGGCACCAGCAACAUCCAAUCUCAUCAAAUUGAAAGGAUUGAUAUAUGUGUUGAACCGUCUACAGACGACUCGGAGAACUGCCGGAAAAAUGAUUUGUCAAGAAUUCAGGAUAUGCUGGACAGAAAAGAAAUGUCUCGAAAGAUGAGCACUAGAGAAGCGAGUUCUUUUGAAGAAGGUUUGCUAGAAUUUAGAAGCUCACCAAGAUUAGCACUAGAUACCGAUAUAAUUCGUCACUGGAACGUCAACACUGCUGCUAAUUCCGACAUCGCAAUGGUCGCUAACACCGUGAUGGCAACUCCUGUAACUCAACUUUCAGUAAAAAGACUACUCUCAUCAUUAAAAUUUAUACUAAGUCCUCUAAGAAACGAUUUACCACGAAGUUUGUUACAGAAUAUUUUACUCUUAAGGUCUAAUAAAGACUUGUUAGAAUAGGUAUUAACUUCACCUCCACCAACCCGCAAUGAAGCACCAUGGUGGAGUAUAGUCCAUGCUUCCUCAGGUUGAUUGAGGGGAGGCAUGUACCCAGCAGUGGGACGUAUA